GCUGAAUCAAUGCAUGUCUGCCCACAUGAUGUGUCUGAUGAAGUAGACUUAUGCAUAAGGAAGUUCAUACCACAGUAAAGACACUGAUCUACUGAACUUUAUGAUUUCUGAAACUGGGAGAGUAGACUUCCUGCAUAGGUAAUGAAGAAAUUUUGAUGUUAUAUUGCCUUCUUUUGUGUGGCCAACCCAAUGUAGAUCAGUGAAACUCGGGGAAAACUUCAUCAUUCCACGUUGAAGCUGCCCAGGACUAUAUAACCUUGGGGCUGUCUUACCCUCCUAGCCUAACCUUCUGCACAGGAUUGUCAUUAGAAAAAAAUGGAGGAGAGGAGAACAAAAUUUGCUCAUGAAAACUAGGAAGGCUAGCCAACAGCUUUACAAUUCUGUGAUUCCUGUCAGUACAGUGUUGUUUCUGCCCCCAUUCCAUGACAGUGUUACCAAAUUCAUUUUGGACCUCAAUUUAUAAGUGGACACAGAGGUGCCAAUCUUUGUGCUACCAUUUAAUUUUCACAGCAGGAUCUACAAGGCUGAGCAGAUGGCUGAUUUUGGUCAGGAAGAGAAGACUGUAAAAUGCAUCCAGUGCUCAGGACCAAUUCAACCCAGCAAUGUUGUAUCUUUUUGCCUCCAUUGCCAAAACAGCCCUGUUUGCCGUAGAGAAGAUGUAUCAGAGGCAUUGACUGCUCCCACUUCGAUGAAUGAAUUUUCAGAAUCUCAAGACAUGCUUGUUUCUUUGUCUCACCAAGCAGCGCCUCUUACAAAAGAGGUAUCAAAAUUAGCCUCCACAGACUCUCAGAAACCAAUGUUCUCAAGUAUUCGUAGCAGUAUUUUAGAAAGCAAAGUUCCUCAUACACGAAUAGAUGAUGGUGCAGCAAUUCAGCAAAUUUAUUCUUUUGGAAGAAAACUAGGACAAGGCAGCUUUGGAGUGGUGAUUGAAGUAACACAUAGGCAAACGGGCAUAAAGUGGGCAAUCAAGAAAGUAAACCGCGAAAAGGCUGGAAGUUCUGCUGUAAAACUACUUGAACGAGAAGUAAACAUCCUGAAAACAGUAAACCAUGAACACAUAAUACACCUUGAAGAAGUGUUUGAGACACCUAAACGCAUGUACCUUGUAAUGGAGCUGUGUGAGAAUGGAGAACUUAAAGAGAUUCUUCACAGAAAAGGUCAAUUCACAGAGAAUGAAACAAGGCACAUAAUUCAGAGUCUUGCAUCAGCAAUAGCAUAUCUUCACAGAAAAGAUAUUGUUCAUAGGGAUCUGAAAUUGGAAAACAUUUUAGUUAAAAGCAGUGACUUUGAUGAAGAAAAUGAAAUGAAAUUAAAUAUAAAGGUAACUGAUUUUGGUUUAGCUGUACAAAAGGUCGGUGGAAGUGAAAGUAUGUUCCAGUCUACCUGUGGGACUCCUAUCUACAUGGCUCCAGAAGUUAUUAGUGCACAUGACUACAGCCAACAAUGUGAUGUUUGGAGCAUUGGUGUCAUUAUGUAUAUGCUGUUGUGUGGGGAACCACCUUUUCUUGCAAGCUCAGAAGAAAAACUUUUUGAAAUUAUAAAGAAAGGAGAGCUUCACUAUGAGCAUUCAAUCUGGAAAUCAGUCAGUGAGGCUGCCAAACAUGUAUUGCAGCUGCUUUUGAAAGUAGAUCCUGCCCACCGAAUCACUGCUAAUGAACUCCUUGAUAACCAGUGGAUAACAGGUGAAACAGACAUCCAGAGACCUUGUAAUGUUCUUGAACUGAUGAAGAAGUGGAAUAGCAGCAGCAAAGCUGAGACUGGAGUACCAAACUUGAUUGUAGAUGACCUGAAUGGUGCAUCAGGCAGUGCUCAACAGGAAGAAAACCAUGAAGGCCAAGAGAGUCCAGUUAGUAGCAAUGGCAACUCAGAGGCUGCAGCCGAAACAGAGACGGAGAGUGGGAGCAGCAAACCCUCAACACCCACAAAACAAGUUAACAAGAAAAAAAAUAACACCAAUGCUUUACCAAAUGGGACUCUUAAGAAGAAAAGUUCAUCUCUCAAGUCAUGUUCUAGUUCACAGAUUAGUGGAAUUGGGUCAGUGUCUCCAGUGGCAAAUUCAAAACGGAGCCAGGAUUGUCAAGAGAAGAAAAUGGAAGUAGAAAAACCUUCUGUUUCUGUGAGUCAAGGAUCGCUGAACAAAUCUGCACAAAAACAAGCUACAAAUAGUAGCCUACUCAAAACCAAAAAGAAAACCUAGGAAAGAUUCAUCUGCUCCAAAUGCAGUUCUUAUAAAGCAUCUAUUGCUAGUGCCAAAAUGUGGCAACUGCAUCAAAAGGACCAGCGUGUCUUGCACUCUUAGCUCCAUCUCAGAUGCCUCCUUUCCAGAGUGUGGGGACCCUUAUCUGUUGUUCUGAAACCCAUGACUGUCAAAAGAAUAGUGCUGAUAAAUGUUCUAAUGCAGUGUGUGAAUUCCUAACCUGUAUGAAGACAUCCAUUAAGUAUUGCUUUCUGAGCACAGAACUGACUAAAAUAUAUAUUUUAUAAAAUUUUACUGUAAAGUAGCAGGCAUCAUUCAUGUGUAUAACUCACUUUGAGUCCACUUUCUGUGUUUUACCUAAGAUGGUUAAAUAUUGCCACAAAGAUUUGUGAAGGGGGGAAAAAUAAGAAGCCAAAAUAUAUAAUGGCUGUGGGUUAUUUUUCUAACUCUGUGCAUUUUGCACUUGUGAGAAUUUGGUAGGAUCUUGCUUUUAAACUUGCUGUAGGCUUUAUAACUCAUGUACCAAGGUCAAUGAAACUUGUUCUAGAAAUGUUUAUGGCACUGUAGAUUUUUAGAGAGCUUAUUUUAAACAUUUGAAGUAGUAUGAACAUUUAUAAGGUGUUCUUCUUGCUGCUAAAUUUUUUUGUAUAUUGAUUUAAAUAAAGAUAAC